AUGGCUAACAGCAAAGAGGUUGCUAUAAAAGAUCUCGCAAGUAGUCCAGAGUUCAUCCAGGAGCUUCUCCCAUCUGCUGAGCGUACCGCUCUGCUCUAUCAUCUCUCUUACCUGUGUCUGGGGGAAUUCCCAAAGCUGGAGCGGAUUAUACGGGACCGUGCUGUCGAAACUCAACUUCUCUUUGGAUCUUCUGAGGCGCUUCUGCUCAAGUGUGUAGAAACCAGUGACAACCUGGUUACAUUACUGUUCCCCAUGCUGAAGAAGGCUGUGGAGAAGAAUAAACCAAAUUUAGCCAAUAAAUACUUGGAAAAAGCAAUAAAAUGGAUCGAUGAAAUCAUUGACGAUGUUGGAAAAAUAGUAAAAAGGUAUGAGAAACUGAAUGUAGAUGUUGCGUCAUCUACCAGUGACAUCAGCACUGAAAAGAAGCAAACAAAGGAACAAAAGCAACAACAAACAUCAGAGAUGAAAGCACUUCAGAAGAUUCUGGACGAUCUGGAAAAAGAAAUUAAUAACGUCAAUGAAGAGAAAAACAAAACUGAGAAAAAAAUGGAGGAGAAAGAAUCAGAGAUACAAACAUUUAUCAGCACUCUCACCAGCAAAACAGAAGAAAGCAGUGAAAAAGUGUCUGGUUGGAAGAAAAGUCUUCAUGUUUUUACCAGAAUUGUGCCAUUCAUCAGCAACAUUAUCAGUUACGCUGUUAAAAUGGUGACUGGCACUACUGAUGAACCUGUACUGAAAGCUCAUACUGAUGUUUUGUCUCUGCUUACUGCUGAAAAAGAAAAUCUAAGAAAACAAGAGUGGGAGAUCCAGAAUAAACUGAUGCAACACCAGCUUAAAUUAGCCCAAUUAAAAAUUGAAAAUGGUGAUAUACCCGAUGCUAAUCACCUUGUUGAGGUUCAGAAAUGCCUGACUCAAAUUCAGCAAAUUCUGAUUCAGCUUCAAGUGUUCUGGGAAAAAGUGGGUUCUCUUCUGAACUCACUAAAACAGAAGACUUCUGCUGGGGAGGACAUGAUUGAAGACCUUGAUGAUUUAAAGGAAGAGUUCCUUGAGUCAGUCGAGGCAGCUAAAGGGUGUUGGACAAGUUUUGGCAAGAGCUGCAUAAAAGCAAACGGUAUCUUCAGCAUUCAAGCAAAAAGUGCCUAUAAAUUCCUGGAGAUCAGUCCCUCUUCUCUCUCCAAAGACGAGUGGCAAACACAAUAUGACAUUGUUAUAGAAAAACUACAGAUACUGGGUUCUGAUGAUAAUGGAAGUGCAGCUGUACCUGCUAUUGAACAGUAA